AUGAAGAAGAGGACGAAGAAGAAGGUUAGGAGGAGGAGGGCGGAUAGUGAUGUGGAGGCGGAUUCGGAUUCUACUGGUAUGGGUAUGGGUGGGCUGGGUGGAUUCGGGAUGGGGAUGGGGAGGAGAGGAGGGGGUGCGGGAGGUGGGCAAGGGAGUUCGAUGGGGACGGGCGUGUUGAGUGCGUUGUUGACGCUUUAUGAUCAUCCGCAAGCGGGCGAAUCGUCCGCUUCGGGGUUCACGAGCGGGGUAUCGACGCCCGGGGACGAGUUUGGACCGUCGGCUGUAUCUUCGUCACGUCGACAGGCGCGGUCAAUCUCGAAUGGCCGUGAGGGACGCGAGGGACGUGAAGGAAGAGAGGGAAGAGAGGGGAGAGAGGGGAGAGAGGGAAGAGAGAGCAGUACCAGUCGUCCCUCGUCCGGAUUCUUCGAACGCACCUUCACCCAUCAAUCAACCCACUCCGUCGCCUCCUCCACAAAAUCCCUCCCCUCCAACCCUCCCUCUCCCACCUCCAAUUCCACCUCCCAGCCCCAACACAAACACCGCACGCCCGCCAAAGCCGCCAAACGCGUCGUCUCAACCGUAGGCCUAAAAGGGUUCAAAGACGACCGCCCCUCACAGAGCCGGAACGCAGGGGGCGUAUUCGGCGCCCUCGUAGCGAGCACGGGCAAUAUCAGUGGUGUGGCUGCGCCGACCGCAUCGACUUUGGCGCCGAAUGUGAAGAGACCGGGGUAUCAUCUUUCGAGGUAUUCGCUUGAUGCGACGCCGCCUGCUGCGAAGACGCUUGCGAAAUCGAGGAGUACGCAUUUUGAGACUCAGACUGGGCAUCGGGGUGGGGGUGGGAAUGCGAGCGAUGGGGAGGCGGUGGGGACGGGAGGGACGGGAGGGACGACGGCGUCGAAUGUUACGCCUGGGGACGAUUCGCCGUCGACCGCUACGGGACAUGGAUCGGGAGGUGUGAAUUGGCCUGCGCAUCCUAGUCACCUCGGUCCGGCUACUCCCAAUGGUUCCACGAUGACCACCACCAACAACGAAAAAGGUGGAGGAGGAGGGCUGCAUCAUCGCGAGAAAUCGGAUACGUUGAGCGUGACGACGCCGGGGGGGACGUCGCAUUUCGGGAGUAAGUAUAAGUGGACGGAGGUGUUGAAGGAUUUGCCGACGGCGUGGACGCCGAAGAUGGCGCCGCAUGGGAGGGGGAUGAUGACGCCGAGUACGCCCGGGACGCCGAGUGCGGAUGAGAGCUUUGAUGAGAAGGAGGAGAUGGUGAGGAAGAGGGAGAGGGAGAAGAGGAGGAAGAGGAAGAAGGCGGAGAUUUAUAUCACCCGCCACGUCGCCGAGAUCAUCCAACGACAAGAAUUCAUCCUCAAGCUCGCCCGCGCGCUCAUGAUGUUCGGCGCGCCCACGCAUCGUCUCCAGUCCCAGAUGCAGUCCACCGCGCGCGUGCUCGAUAUCGAACUCUCGUGCAUGUACUUGCCCGAUAUCAUGCUCAUCUCGUUUGAUGACUCGGUGACGAGCACGAGUAAUAUUAAGUUUAUCAGGCAGGGGUCGGCGUUGGAUUUGGGAAAGCUGCAGGAUGCGUAUAAGCUUUAUUGGAAGGUCAUCCAUGACGAUAUUUCUGUCAAGGACGCGUCGAGAGAGCUGGACGGACUGAUGAGGAAGAAACCACAGUAUCGGGGUUGGAUGGUGCUUUUCAUCGGAGGCAUGGCUUCUGCGUCGAUCUGUAGUGUCUCGUUCAAUGGGUCGUUCAUCGAUUCGUUGGUCGCGUUCCCGCUCGGCGCCCUCCUCGUCGGGAUCCAGCUGUUAUCCGUCCGGAACGAACUCUAUUCCAAUGUCUUUGAAAUCACCAUCGCCACCCUCCUCUCCUUCAUCGCCGCCGCCCUCGCCCAGACUAACCUCUUCUGCUACUCCGCCGUCGCCUCCGCCUCCGUCGUCCUCAUCCUCCCCGGCUUCCUCGUCCUCUGCGGCUCGCUCGAGAUCUCGUCCCGCAACAUCAUCUCCGGCGCCGUUCGGCUCUGCUUCGCGAUCAUGUACUCUCUCUUCCUCGCGUUCGGCCUGGCAAUAGGAGCGGAGAUUUAUCAGCAGGUGACGAAGAAGACGAUCGUGGGCAGCGAGGACUAUACGUGCUCGAUCAGCCAUCCGGAGGGCGCGCCGUGGUAUAGGAAGACGCCGAGUUUGUGGUGGGCGUUCUUGACGGUGCCGAUGUAUUCGUUCUUUUUGAGCUUGAGGAAUCAGGCGCCGUGGAAUAAGAAGGAGAUGUUGUUCUUGGUGUUGUUCUCGUGUUGUGGAUGGGUGGUUAAUCACUUCACGAGUACGAAGUUCGAGAAUCAGAGCGAUAUCAGCGCUGCUGUCGGAGCCUUCACAGUCGGCCUAAUAUCCAAUCUCUACGGCCGUUUCUUCCGCGGCAACGCCUUCGUCGUCAUGAUCACCGGUAUCCUCUUCCAACUCCCCUCCGGUCUCGGCAACGGCGGUCUCCUCACCUUCGCCUCCCAAACUACCGCCGGCGAAUCGUCUUCCUAUCUAUCUGGCUUCCAAACUGCGCUGCAGCUCAUCUCCGUGUCGAUUGGGUUGACGGUCGGGUUGGGGAUCUCGUUGGUCUGUGUGCACCCCAUACAGUCGAGAAGGAGGCAGGGUGGAGUGUUCAGUUUAUAA